AGGAAGCGCUAGCAGCGUUAUCUCUGUGGAUAUGUGAUGUCAGCUUGAAGACGGUGGUGUGGUCGUAUCUCAGCUAAAUAUUCCAGCUGUAACGAAGCAGCGAUGUCUUCUCUUCAGUAUCUGAGAGAGUUCGUCAACGAGCGACUAACUGCUGCUGCUGAAGAAAUAUUCGGAGUCUUUGAAAAAACCGUCGUCCAGUACGAGGAAGAGGUCGGUCGUCAGCGCAGACUGCUGGAUAUCGUUUGGAAACCUGGAAUAAAGUUACACAGGACAGAGCUCCCACAGCAACAUGUCUGUCAGGAGGAGGAGGUUCUCAGUGACCAGCACCUCCAGAACCAGGGGAGGAACUCCAGUCUGGACCAGGACGACCCAGAACCACCAAAGGUUAAAGAGGAACAGGAGGAAACCUGCACCAGUCAGGAGGGAGAGCAGCUUGUACUGAAGCUGGAGACUGAUACCUUUGUGUUGACUCCUGAUCAUGAGGAAAGUGACCACAGUGAACCAGAACCAGACAGUGACCACCAGCUCCUCUCUCACACCUCUCCUGUAGCUGAGAGCCAAGAUCAGACAGGAAGUCAACAUGUGGACUCAAGAUUAAAUACAGAUUCAGAGUCAGAGACUGACUCUAAAACUCACACAUGUGAAAAGUCUUUCAAAUGUGACACUUGUGGAAAAGCGUUUCAGUAUAGGUCUGGAUUAAAAAAACAUGUGCGUAUCCACACAGGUGAGAAACCAUUUUCUUGCAAAUUAUGUGAGAAAGUUUUCAGAUGGAGAAGUGGCUUGUUGAUCCACAUGAGAAUCCACACAGGUGAGAAACCAUAUAUUUGCAACACCUGUGGGAAAGGUUUCAGAUGUAGAAGUUACUUGUCGACCCACAUGAGAAUCCACACAGGUGAGAAACCAUAUAUUUGCAAAACCUGUGGGAAGAGUCUCAGGACUAGAACAGGAUUGUCGAUCCACAUGAGAACUCACACAGGUGAGAAGCCAUUUUCUUGCAAAAUAUGUGGGAAAAGUUUUGUACGAAGUGGUGUUUUGAAAGUCCACAGUAGAGCUCAUACAGGUGAGAAGCCAUAUACUUGCAAAAUAUGUGGGAAAUGUUUUGUACGUAGCAGUGUCUUGAAAGUUCACAUAAGAAGUCACACAGGUGAGAAACCAUAUUAUUGUGAAACCUGUGGGAAAAGUUUUGUAUGUAAUGGUGUCUUGAAAAUUCACAUAAGAAGUCACACAGGUGAGCGUCCUUAUUCUUGCAAAACAUGUAACAAAGGUUUCAGAUACAAAAGUGACUUGUUGGCCCACAUGAGAACCCACACAGGUGAGAAGCCACAUAUUUGCGACACCUGUGGGAAAGUUUUCAAAUCUAGAAGUGAAUUGUUGGACCAUAUGAGAACUCACACAGGUGAGAAGCCAUAUUCAUGCAAAACAUGUGGGAAGAGUCUCAAAACUAGAGCAGGUUUAUUGAUCCACAUUAGAACUCACACAGGUGAGAAGCCAUUUUCUUGCGAAAUAUGUGGGAAAAGUUUUGUAUGUAGUAGUGACUUGAAAGUUCAUGUAAGAACUCACACAGGUGAGAGGCCAUACUCCUGCAACAUCUGUGGGAAAGGAUUUAUUGCCAUGUCCGCAUUGAAAAGACAUUUGAGAAGUCACACAGGUGAGAAGCUGUACCCCUGCAACACCUGAGGGAAGAGAUACUUUCAUGUGUCUCAGGUGGGGAGGCAGAUAUGAUCACAUACAGGCAAGUAGAUUAUUUAGUUGUAGUUGUUCAUGGACAAGACACGCAGGAGGUGACAGAAGUGAAGGGCCACAUAUUUGUAGCUGAUAUGGCAAAAAAAAAUUCAGAGACUCAGUUUACACAGGAGAAACCUUAAAGAUGAAACUUGAGUAGAGUUCAACUUCAUAAAACACACUCUCAAUAGCUACAUCUCUGAAAUUGAGAUUACACUGCAGCCACCUUGUGGUGGGAAAUGGUUUAGCAGCAAUUGGAGUCAUAAUCAAAGCCCUAUAUUGUAAAUUUCAUUCAGCUGGUAAUACUGUAUAUGAUACAUUUAUGGACGGUUUAAUGCUAUUGAUAAUUGGAUAUCGCCCAACCCUACCAUCAGGUUUUAUUAAACUAGUCUCAUCAUUUCCCUUCAAAUUAAUGAAUUGCUAAUAUUUCUGUUGGUAACAGUAUUUUAGCAAAUUUUAGCAGACUUUGUGAACUCGAUGUUAAAGCAGAGAAAGUCUCUUGUACUGUUGGGUUUCUUCUGUUUUCACGCUGCAAACUACACUCUUUUCUUUUUUGUUUUGAACAUGUCCUCUUAUUUCAUAUUUUUAUGUAUCUUUGAUUUCAUCGUUGGGAUACAGUUUAUAUUAUUUCAGGCUUCAAUGGUUAAACACCAACGUAUGUUGUAGAAGAUGUUCUACAUGGUUUAAAAAAGGUGAUAUAAAUAAAUAUGCUUACUUUUGU